CCCUCACACCUGCUUUUCACGAUACCACCACCGGACCCUAGCAUCACGUCUCACCGCACCGCACCGCACCUCUUCCAUCGAUCCGUCCAAGCCACCGAAUUCUUACCGCCGCACCAUAUGCUCGUCCGUACGUUGCAGAUUACGCCUUCGCUAUGGAGGCCGACUGGGUUGAGCUCGCGACGGCUCAGCUACACGCUCCCCCAUCCGACCAACUACCGCCCCAGAUAACCACGCUUGCCUUCGACACCUGCGAGGAAAACCUCUGGGUUGGCACCAAUAUUGGCUACAUCAAUGCAUACCAUGGCCAUGGCCUUACACGAUACACGGCCUACCGCGGCCACUACCAACUGGUGCAUCAGAUCCUCUUUACCGACGACGGCGUCCUGUCCGUGUCAGACCGCAGUCUGCAUUAUUCGCGUCGCGGCGGCUUUGCCAUUUGGCAUCUGGCAUCCGACUUGUUCAAGAACAUCCGCUGUAUGAACUUUACCUCCAAAGGUACUCGGGAGUUGUUGGUCGCCGGUUGCCAAACCCAAAUGUUCCUCGUCGAUAUGAGCAAGGGCAUGAUCACGAAAAUGAUACGUGCUCAGGAUGAAUAUACCGCUAUGAAACGGGUCGGUCAGUACCUUUGCCUAGCCACACACCACGGCAAUAUCCACAUCGUCGACUCCGUCACCUUGGAUGUGUUGAAGGUGUUCGAAUGCCAUACCAGUUACAUCAACGACUUCGAUGCGAAAGGCGACUUCCUCAUCACUUGCGGCCACUCCCCGAGACCCAUCCAAGCCGCAUACGUGAUGAUGGACCCAUUCAUCAAUGUCCUCUCGUUAAAGACCCUGACGAAGUUGCCGCCUAUACCAUUUCAUGCCGGCGCAGCAUUUGUGCGUAUGCACCCUCGCAUGUCUACGACCAGUAUCAUUGCGUCACCGAAUGGUCAUAUUCAGAUCAUCGACAUCAUGAACUCGGAUUCGCCACAGGUACGCCAAAUCAAUCUCUUCGACGCAUACAUCCGCCAGUUUGAAAUCGCGCCAUCAGGAGAGGCCAUUGUUUUGUGCGACACAAACGGUCACGUUCACAUAUGGGGUUCGCCUACCAAGGUGCAAUUCGCAGAAUUCGCCAAUCCGUCCGAAUUCGCGGAUCCGGUGCCUCAUCUUCCUGACAUGGACUGGUCGAACGACACGCCUUUGAGCAGUAUUGGCAUGCCUUAUUACAGCCAACCGCUCCUCUCCGCUUGGCCAAGCGACAUGGUCUUCGAGGUCGGGGCACCUCCACCGAAAAUCGCGGACGACAUCCAAGCGACUAUGCGUCGAAGCCAGAUAGGUUUCUAUGCCCCUAAUCCCGGGAAACGGCUGAGAAACCAGGCCGAAGACACUCGCCAGGACGGCAAAUCGAUCACUUUAAUCACCCCUCCAAAGUUUCUUAGUGAGAAGGCUAGAGCAUCAAGGUCGUCUGGCGAGGGCGACGAAACCAUCACUGAAACGCUCCACGCUCUGACCGACAUACAUCUCGAGGAGCUAACGACCAAGAAUGUACCGGCCAUGUAUGGGAAACUUGAGAUCAAGUACGGCAAGUUCGGCGUAAACGAUUUCGAUUUCGGUUAUUACAACAAAACACCGUACUCGGGACUGGAGACGAACAUUGCCAACUCGUACGCCAACCCUCUUCUGCAGAUAUGUCGCUUUGUGCCGUUGUUGAGGAAUCUUGCCAUGAGACAUACGGCAUGCGCAUGUCCCUACGAUCACUGCCUACUCUGCGAGCUAGGCUUCCUCAUCGAUAUGCUCGAGAAAGCGGCUGGUUCAAGUUGCCAUGCGUCAAAUUUCCUGAAGGCAUUCAGUAGGACGCCGAGCGCCGUCGGGCUGCAGCUUCUUGAAGGCCAACCGGCGCACAUUCCGAUGACGAACUUGAUACAAAAUUUCAGCCGUUUCCUAUUCGAACAACUGACCAAUGAUUUUCGCCGACAACCUUCUAGUAGCGACGGCUUUUCACCCAUGGAUCAGGUCCUCAAGACGCAAUAUCAUUCCUACAUGCGGUGCGAUACCUGCCACAACGAGACGGCCAGGGACGGCCACACCUUCGUCACGGAUCUGGUCUACCCACCGAAACCAGCCAAUGUGAAAGGUGCUCGACCCCACUUCUCACAAAUCCUCAAGGCGAGUGUGGAGCGUCGGGACCAAACAAAGGGCUGGUGUAAUAAAUGCCAGCGGUACCGGGAGAUGAUCAAUCGAAGGUCCAUCCAGAAAAUACCCGAUGUCUUCGUGUUCAACGCCAGCGUCUCCACCAAAGAAAUAAGAUCUCUCUGGUCUCACAACUGGCUCCCUCACGAGAUCGGCAUCAUCGUCAGCGAGGAUGGUCAAUUCUUCUGCUACCAAGGGAAAGACCUACAGCUGCAUCUCGACCGGAAGGCCCACAACAUUGUCGUGUAUGACCUGAUCGGUGUGGUCAACCAGAUUGAUCGCGGAGAUCUCCAAACCCCGCACCUCGUUGCAGCUAUCAACACGGCACCAGCGUCGUCACAGGUUGGCGCCGAGGACAGCUGGCACCUCUUCAAUGAUUUCCUUGUGCGGCCCAUUCCCAAGGAAGAAGCUCUUCGCUUUGAUCAGGAAUGGAAGCAACCUUCUGUAUUGGUAUUCCAGCGAAAAGCCGGCCGACAUCAAAUCGACGAUUCAUGGAGGACCAUGCUCGACACAUCCCCACUGUAUCAUCCCACACCGCUGGUCUCGCAACCAGCCGUACAGCGCCACCCGGACGGCUGUAUCAGGUUGAACCCGGAGGUUGAAGCCCCUCAGUCCGGGUAUCCGGUGGCUAUCGAUACUGAGAUGGUCGAGCACCAGAAGGCGGAGAUGGACGCCAAGGCGGACGGUCGUGCAGAGAUUAUACGGCCCCGACGUCUCGGCCUAGGCCGCGUAUCCGUAUGCCGCGGUGCAGGGGAACGGGCCGGUGUACCAUUCAUCGACGACUACAUUGCCGCCUCCGAACCCAUCAUUGACCAUCUGACCCCCUAUUCCGGCAUCUAUCCCGGCGAUCUGGAUCCCACCACCUCGCGGUUCCCGCUCGUGGCCCACAAGCACGCAUACAAGAAGCUCUGGCUCCUCCUCAACCUUGGCUGCGUCUUCGUAGGCCACGGCCUCGUCAACGACCUCCGCAUCAUCAACAUCUUCGUGCCGCGCAACCAGAUUGUCGACACGGCGGAGCUCUUCAUCAAGCGGUCCAUCUCGGACCGCCUCAUCGGCCUCCGCUACCUGGCGUGGCUGAUCCUCAAAGAGGACGUGCAAAGCGAGACGCACGACUCGGUCGAGGACGCGCGGACGUCGCUGAAGCUCUGGCGCAAGUACCAGGAGUUUGUCGACGCGGGCGUGCUCGAGCAGAUUCUCAACGAGAUUUACAACGUCGGGAAGCCGCUGAAUUUCAAGGUACCGGGGAGUGGCGGCGCGGAGAAUAAUAGUAAUGAGAAGGCGGGGAGUAGUCCCGAGGUGGCGCAGAGUGUGCCGGUGAAGAAGGGGGUGGGGCUGAGGUUUGGGAGGGGGUUUAGGGGGCCGAAGAGGUAG